CACCAACUCCCUCCCGGACCUCCAUAGCCACCGUCGUGACCACCAGCCGGAGACUGACGCCUCUCAACUCCACCACCACCACCAACUUCAAACCUCCCUCUUCCAUCCCUCUUCCUUCUCCUCCGACGAUUUCCUCGACCAAAUCCUCUCCAACCAUCCCUCCUCCCUGGGAACUCCCCGCCGGCCUCCAAAAUCCUCACUCCGACCUCCCUCCCCAACCACCGACGCCGUCUAAUCCCGACAAUGUUGCGUUUCAGAUCGGCGACACAACUCCACGCGCCAAAAUGCCAUGGCCUUGCUUCAACAGCAGUUACUCAUGUCGAGAGGAAUCACCACCGCUACCGCCACCGCCACCGCCGCCGAUGAUUCCGGUCUCCUUCCGUUGCCUGGUAACGACGUCGUUGAAAUAGCAGGCUCUUCGUCUUUCAAAUGCCCUAAUCCGAUUGAUCACGGUUCAGUCAUUCCCUCUCUUUUCAACGAAUUUCGCCGGAUUUCUCAACACCUCCGGUUUCGUCUUAACCAGAAUCAAUCUCAGGGGAACUCAAACUCUCAGAAACAGAACUUCGGAGCUCCGGUAUCAGUUAGUACUCCAUCACCGGCGGGUCCUGGCUCCGGCGGUGGUGGUGCAGCACCGGCUCAGCCCCGACAGAGAGUCAGAGCUCGGAGAGGACAAGCCACAGACCCUCAUAGUAUAGCAGAAGAUUACGGAGAGAGCGAAUUGCGGAGAGAAUGAAAGCUCUACAAGAAGGUUCCCAACGCUAACAAGGUCAGUUUCGUCUUUUCAAUUUUCUUAGGUCUU